CUGAAAGACAUAAAUAGGCGAAAGACGGCUUCAAGCCUCGCAGUCACUCUUCCUGACAGCCACAUCCAAGCUCUCCUCUCCCUUCUCCUCACCUCCAGCCCUCCUCUUCAUCUGCUGCAACCCUUCAUCCAUCUGGACCCGGUUCUUCAUUCUUCCCCAAACCUUUAUCAUCAUGAAGACCACAAGCAUCUUCUCGCAGGUGCUUUGCCAUCUGAUUGCCAUGACGCUGACCCUGCGCCAAGGCGUUCAUCCACUGCCGGUUCCCACUGACAUUCCCAUAUGCACCGCCUCAGAAACGGCCCAGUACAGCCUAACAUUUACUGGCAAAUGGACCCAGGCAGCUUUCCCUAAACAGUAUCCCGUCUACCGUCCCCCGGCUCAGUGGUCAAACCUUAUUGGUGUGACCCACAGCUCUGACUACCACAUGUGGCAGCGUAAUGACUUUGCCAGCAACGGAGUGAGAGAGUUCGCGGAGAAAGGCGAGGCCUGGACGGUCAUGAAGGAAGUUGAGGCGGCCGGCGAGCGCAUUCAGAGCGUUUAUGGGAUCCUGUCCGCUCCCGCUGCCGUGGGAGGGACCGGCCAGAUGAACACCCAGUUUGAGGUCUUUGCCAGGCACUCGUAUCUGUCAUUCAUAGUUCGGAUUGUUCCAAGCCCAGACUGGUUUGUGGGUGUGGACAGUGUCGACCUGUGCGAUGGUGACCACUGGAAAGACAACGUGUCGCUGCACCUCUACCCGUACGACGCCGGAACCGACAGCGGAUUCACCUUCUCCUCUCCAAACUUUGAAACCAUGCCACAGGACAGAAUCACUCAGAUCACCGCUUCGUUUCCCAGCCACCCAGCCAACUCCUUCUACUACCCGCGCCUUAAGCACCUCCCUCCCAUCGCCAAGGUGACGCUGACCAAGAUAAAGAAGACCAACCAGAUUAUUAGCCUGCUGCUGGAGCCCACCCAGUCCAACCAACUGCCAACAGGAAACGAGAUUGAAGACACACUCAUAAACACUCCUCUGGACUGUGAGGCGUCAGUGUGGUCUCCUUGGGGCCUGUGCAAAGGCAAAUGUGGAGAGUCAGGUGUGCAGCACCGCACACGCUACAUCCUCAUGCACCCCGCCAACAACGGAGCAGUUUGCCCCCCGCUGGAGGAGGAGAGGAAGUGCUUCCCAGACAACUGUUUAUGACUAGGCCAAGAAACCCGGGACAUGAAAGACAGAAAAAAGGGGAGAGACAAGAAAGACAGAAAGGCCAGAAGAGGAAAGAAAGGACGAAGACGGGGGAAACCGCAAUAGAAAGAUAGUAGUGCGUUAGCAGAAAUAGUAUGAUCCUGAUUUACUUUCUGUUGAAGUAACCUAUUGCACUGAUUUAACGAGCCUCUCAUCCUCAAGACAAACUGAUAGCUCUGACAGUACUAGAAAGGUGUAAUUUGGCAAAAUUGCUACUAGACACCAAUUUAGUUUUGGCAGAAUAUCAAAACUGUCUACAGAUACAACAACACGGUUUUAGACAGACAUUAAAAGUCUAUUUGCUUUAACUUCCAAUCCCUAUAAAUGAUAAUUCAUCUGAAGUCCACACAUCCAAGAAAAACCUGAAUAAGAAAAUUCAAAUAAUUUAAGCAAAGAAGUACCAACAGAAAAGAAAUUCAGACUUGAAUCCAAGCAGUGUUGUUUAUCAAGGCAACAUGGAUGUUUUCGUCAAGAACAGAACAUAUUUAUUAACAGGAUUUUAACCUGUAGUGUACAGUAUUAAAUCUGAUGUAUUGAUCUAUAUUGUAAUGUUUGUAUUCAUUUAGGUUAUAAGAUAAUAGUUUAAUGCAGAAAGCAGUUUUUUAAUGCUUUGUAUGAUCAAUAAAAUGUAAAUUGA